AUGAGUUCCGAAAACGUGGUAGAGGUGGUGGACAGCCAAGAAGAAGUUCCGUGUAACAUAAGAGGUUCACGUAGUUCUUGCGAAGCUAGCAAUUCGGACAGCAUAUUUCAAGGAGAAAAUCAGUUGUAUCCAUCCCGUCGUACAGCAGCAAACCAUGAGCAUCAGAACCAAAAUCAAAAAUCGAACUCAACUCUGGAUCUUCCGGCUAAUGUUCUCCAGGAAUAUGCUUCAUCGAGUUCUCCGCAAAGUUCAUCUCGACAUUUGCAUUCUUCUUCAACGUCUUCACUCGGAGAAGUUGCAGCUCUUUUCGGAACACGACUACCACGUAAUGACACAAAAAAUUCAACCAAUAACGAGAAAGCAGUUACCAUUUUACCCGUUAGCAGAAAUUUGGCAGAACAUGUCUCAAAUUUGAUUGCUAUAGGACGAAAACCAGUCACCGUAGUACAAAAGAAAAAACCAACAAAUCUACCCGAAGAAAAUCAAGGAACCCGGAAAGUACUUGGAUGGCAAGCUGAUAAGAAGACAUUACGAGAGAGAAUUAAUCAUAUGUAUUGCAAUGAAACAUUGGCUGAUGUCUUCUUCGUGGUUGGAUCAGAUGAAUCUAGACAACGAAUUCCAGCUCAUAAAUUCGUUCUCUCGAUAGGUAGCGUAGUUUUUGAUGCUAUGUUCAACGGUGGUCUUACACCGAACAAUCCAGGAGAAGCUCUGGAAAUUGAGUUGCCUGACGUUGAACCCUUCGCAUUUCUGGCCCUUCUCAAAUUCUUAUAUUCAGAUGAGGUAAAAAUAGAAGCAGAAUCAGUUAUGACCACCCUUUAUACAGCGAAGAAAUAUGCGGUGCCAGCAAUGGAAAAAGAAUGUGUUCGAUUCCUCAAACAAUGUCUCGUCCCAGAUAAUGCUUUCAUGAUGCUUUCGCAAGCAAAACUGUUUGAUGAACCUGAAUUGGUCCAAAAAUGUCAUGAGGUCAUUGACAAAAAUACAUUAGAAGCACUGAACGGAGAAGGAUUCACCGAUAUUGAUCUGGAUACUCUCUGUGAAAUUUUGACCAGGGAUGGAUUACGUAUUCGUGAGAUUUUCUUGUUUCAAGCUGUACUUCAAUGGUCCGAAUUUGAAACAAAGAGACGUGGAUUGCCUGCAAACGUGGAUAGUCGAAGAAACGUUCUUUCACGAGCCAUCAGCCUUAUUCGGUUCCCUCUUAUGAAAAUCGAAGAAUUUGCUCUACAUGUCGAUCCACAACUUCUUUCGGAGCAGGAAAUGAACAAAAUCUAUAAGUAUCUUGCUGUGUCACCACAAGAUCGUCCAGUUCUAAUCUAUUCGGAUCGGCCACGAUGCCAGAUAUCCAGCACAGAAUAUGUUGUUUCGAGAUUCCAAAGAAUCGAGAAUCGAUGGGGAUUCUGUGGAACUUCCGACCGUAUCAAGUUCACGGUAGAUCGCAGAAUCUUUGUCGUUGGAUUCGGUUUGUAUGGUGCUAUAUCGGGACCUCACGAGUACAAGACUCAAAUCAAAAUCAUUCAUUGUGGAACUAACAAAACUUUGGCUGAGCACGACACCAGCUUUGUAUGCGAUGGAAACUCGAGACCUUGUCGUGUUUGUUUUAAAGAUCCAGUUGAAAUUCUUCCUGGAAUUACCUAUAUUGCUGCAGCUUUGAUUAGAGGACCUGAUUCCUAUUAUGGCACCAAAGGACUUCGACGUGUCAACACCAACGACAGUGAUGUGACAUUCCAGUUCACAUAUGCUGCUAUGAACAACAACGGAACAAGCGUUGAAGAUGGACAGAUACCCGAGAUUAUCUAUUAUACAGCCGCCGAGUGA